GCGCCUCGGAGCGCCCCGGCACCGAGAGGCUCCGUGCGCUCCCGGGAGAGAUGCACUGCCUAGGGAGUGGCUUGGCAGUGGCUGUUAUUAUUUUAUUAUUAUUAAAUUUUAUUUUAAAUGUUUGGUAUAUUUUAUUAACGCGCAUUCCGACUGGUCCGCUCUUCUCUUCUUGCGGAUUGCGGCGUGGAAACGCGGCCGAGCCAGGAGCUGGGCCUCUGCGGAGGGAAUGAAGGAGCUGACAGGGCGCUGGGUGCCCCGGGAGAGCGGGACAGCGCAGGGCCGACCGCGGGUCCGGUCACCGGCAUCGCCAGCAGCUUCCCGAAGAAGGUCGGGACUUCAGCUAUGCCAGGUCCCGGAGACAGAAGGAGAAGGGGACGGAUUUUUUGUCCAUUCCCCGCUCUCUGAGCCUGACCCCUUCUGUUCGGUGACUGCUGCAGGUGAUGUGCAGAAGCGAAGACUAAACGCCGUGGUGUGGGUGCUCCGGCCGCUCAGCCACCACGGCAUCUCCUUCCUCGUCCCCCACCCGCAUUAUCCUGGGAGGAAUGCCUCGCUGAACGACCGGCGGGACCCUAUGAGCAGUCCUUGUCUCGAUCUUAGGGUACUCUUGAAUGGUAGAAGAGCUUUCGGCCUCAGGAGUCUUUGAAACCGGACCCGGCUCUUCUGUGCGGCGCUCUAAGCGCUAAACUGCGCCAAGGAGGUGAGAACGACACAAAGACAAAUCCCACGAUGCGAGUUCGGGACUCGUCUGCCCUUCUGGAGGGAACGGGCUUUUCUUUCUGUAUCCUCGUCGGCGGAGACAGUCGCCCUGAGGCGGCCGAUGUGGAGCUGCUGUGCGGUGCUUUCCAUCCUGGGGUGGUGGAGCUGGAAGUGUCCUGUAUGACGGCAGCGAUUCUGUCGGAGCUGCUGCUUUUCCUUCUCUUGCCAAUUCUCCGUGUCUUGUCUCCGAGUGUAACUGGAGUAACGAUCUCAUUUCAGCGAGGAUCUAAACAGAGCGUUCCAAACACCCCUGGAAAAGUCUGUUUGUCUCUUCGCUCUCUAAAGAACAAUAGGAGAUGAACCUUUUGACUUGUGUUUGCCUCUGGGCUGUACUUGCUUCUCUAAGAGUCCAGCAGUCAGUGCUCCUGAGCUCUGAUGGAUGCUCUGAACUGGGAUGUCGAAACUCGUGGUUAUUAUUUUUCAGGACUUUAACCAAGCUUUCAUCCAUUCCUGCCAAAUGAAGGAGGCUCAAAGUAACGCUCAGGCACUUGAUGGGUUUUCAGAGUGUUAAGAUGAGUAGUUUAUACUGAUUUUUUUCUACAGAUCCUCGCUGUGAAUCACCACUCCUCACGUCUCGCUGCUUAGUCAGAAGAGCUGGGAAUGCUCUGAGGCUGACCAAAGCUGAAUUAGCUAAACCAAGCCUUCCACCAGCUCGUGUGCUUUUUGCAAGAUCAUUUCAGCUUUUUCUUAUGACCUUAGUGGGUACCUCUUAUAAGUGCAGGUGGUAUAAAAGGCACUUAAUUGUGCAUCUGUGGUAGUAGUGCAACGCUGCAAUGCCUAAGGAUUCACCAAUGUCACCCCCAUCCCACCGCUACUCAGGCAAUAUCUGGAUUUCAUCAGUGUGAGAAUCACGCGUGGACUGGAUCUGAAUAAGGAAGAAACAACUCUUCCUGUAGGUGAUCUUGGAGUCUUUGACUCUGUCUUCGCGUUUAGAAACAUUUUUAUUUCUAGCUAAGCUCAGAUAUUUGGCAUUGUGGAACCAUUUAGUGAAGCUGCUACUUGGUGGAUAUGAAAAUGAUAGAGAUAGGUGUUCAGACCAAAAUAAAAAGGACACCGUGACCUGUGUCCUCGACGUCAGUGCUUGUCGCCUCAUUAACAGCUGUUUUACUGAUUUAAAACAUCCUACUACAUUUUGCAUACAGCAGCCUUAACUUGGUACGGCUCUUAAGAUAUUUGUAGAUCGAAUUUGCUGACAUCGGCAUUAUAUUUUCACCUCCAUGAACACGGCAUGAAAUAUUUCUCCAGAGAAGACCUACUUAUUCCAGGUAAGUGAAUUAAUUUAGCAAACAUAAACAGGUAAGUAGCGGGGAAAAACUUCAGUCAACUGAAACAAACUCGCCAUAAAAAUAAAAACCAACCGAACAAACCAAAAACCCAAAACAAUCAAACUAAAAACGCAAACAAACAGAAAAAAAAACCCCACCAAAAGCCAAAAUCUGUCCUGCUUAAACACCUCUUGUCCUGUAUUCACAUGGAGCAAACCUGAUUGAUUUGUUGAUAGAAGAUAAUCCCCAGCAUCUCUUCCUAUCCACGAGACAAGACAGUGAUCUCUACCCAAACCGGUAUUUCCUUUUGCUACAGAAAUUAAAACAAACUGCCAGAAAACUCCAGGAAACUCACGAGUUCGUGAACAUAUCUCCAGAUCAGCCUGACAAAAAAUGCGCUGUGCAGGAUUUUCUCUCCAGCCCUCUGUUAUGAAAAAGAUCAAUUCUGUUGCCUGCACCUGGAAAAAGUUAACAAAUGCUGUUCUGCUUGAUAGAAUGGAUUUGUCUGUGUCUGUUUGCCUGUGGUCUGUGGUAAGGAGAGUGUGAAUCUGCAAACCUAAUCCAAGGAAGAGAAGGACAAAACCCGUGUGGAUGUUAGGAAUGAAUAAAGGAUGUGCUGAUGGGUUUAAUAAACCCGAAUCCUAGGCGACAGCAGCGCCUGCCAGAGGCUACCUUCAUGGCUUUUGUUUGCUGUUUACCUUGGGCUGCUGGAGAGAAGCACUGGAGGGGAGGACCACUCUUUAUCUUCAAAGCCUAGUUCCACCGGGAUUUGGGAUAUGAAACAUAAACAUCUGAAUGUCUUCCUCGGGGAGAAAACCCUGUUGCUGAUUGUGAAACGAAAAUACAGGUAAGUUACAAAGACACAGUAUGAAGAAUUCAUCUUUGCAUUGAUGGCAUAGGCCAGACAAAAAUGGCAUCAGGGAUGGAUCUUGAACCAAGACAUCAUUUAUAGCCACAGAAAGCCUGACUGCCUUCAGCAGCAGGUUUCCAUAUGAAGCGGCGGCACUGUGGAGAUCAAUAAAGCAGAAGCACAAACAGGUCAGUAACACAAUCGUAUUUAAUAAUGUUUUGAGCCGUGGUUUGUGUACAGAAGCUACAGAGGUGGCAGCAGAAGUUAUUCCUGUCCUUAAUGCUCCUUAGGGAGGUGCUGUGGGGCAGGUGGUGAAUGUUAACGAGGGCAGGCGAGAGCUGUGUGGGCAUGUAGAGGAAUUUGCCCUGAAACUUCAAAUGGCGGUAAAAAAUCUUCCCACUGCACGAAAUCGGCUUUGCCGGGAUGGAGAAAGGGAGGCUGUACAAAUUUUUCUUUUUUUUUUUUUCCCAUUAAUGAGGAAUGUUGUUGUUGUGGGGCAGUGUCUGUGUGCUGUGGCAGUGAUCCUUCCCUCUGAGUGGCACGGAGUAGGGAUUGGGGAUUUGUCAUAGGGAGGCUGAAUUUGAGUAGGGAAGAGUCUUCCUUGAUGAAAGGAAACGCUUUGUAGCACGUAGGCUGUGUCAGUGGUGACAAACUGCCGAACGUCUGCCUAGCUGGGGAUCUCUGCCCCUGCAUAGAGAGGUUCUUGCUGUAUCCUGGCAGAGCUUGUCUGCCGGAACGGAGAAGAGCUUGCCAUUCAUCAGGCUGCAAGAACAACUCUUCAUCGAGCUGUAUGAAUAGCGUGCAGGAGCUGUGCUGGUCCCGUGCUUUUUCAAUGUUCUUGGAGGAUUGGUGUGCUGGGCUCUAAUGGGUUUGAAUCUCCGAAGGAAAGAUUCAAACAAUCCCCUGGGGUUUUGGUGUAAUCGAAGCCUUUUGCACAGAUGUCGAAAUAUCUGGGGCUUGGGCUGCUCCGUCAGAGUGAGGUGGAUUCUCUUCAUUGAGAUAAUGGGUUCAGGAGUGUGUCCCUCUUCCAAAAGGGGAGGAAGCAAUGGGGAAGGGACAGUCUGUCUGUCUUGCAUAAAUUGCAGAGAAGCAGGAAGUUUGUUCCUCAUCUGGAGAGAUGAAAGUCGGUAGGAAAGAGGAAGGAGACUCUCGCCAAAACACAAGUCCACGCUCCAUAUCGAGAGUGAUGUAAUCAUAUGAAAAAUUAGUUGGUUCAAGAGACAAAAGGAGAGAAGAGAAGAGAAGAGAAGAGAAGAGAAGAGAAGAGAAGAGAAGAGAAGAGAAGAGAAGAGAAGAGAAGAGAAGAGAAGAGAAGAGAAGAGAAGAGAAGAGAAGAGAAGAGAAGAGAAGAGAAGAGAAGAGAAGAGAAGAGAAGAGAAGAGAAGAGAAGAGAAGAGAAGAGAAGAGAAGAGAAGAGAAGAGAUCGGGCAAGCAGAAGACUACAAAAAAGAAGGAAUAAGCAAUGCAGAAAUAAAAGAGAGGUGGAGAGAAAUGAAGAAAUAAAUGGAAAGAGAGAGAAGGGAAGAAAACAUAAACUAUUUUAGCAACAUGUCAUUGACGGUAUCACUGCACACAGAGAGAAAGGAAGAAAGAAAGGAGGCAAAAAAGAUUACAAAGAAAAGAAAAUAGGAUGAAGCCGUAAAUUACAUGACAAGAGUGCACCAAAUAUAUAGCAGAAUACAGGAAUGAAGGAGAAAGCUAAGAAGGAAUAUAUAUCUGUAAACUAGCAAAGAAGACAGGAAGGAGAGAAGCAGACGAGAUGACCAACACACCGAAAUUACCUCCAGAUGUGGAAUGGAGUUGGUGCCUAAAAUCGUCAGGCUUGCGGAGAGCACUGCACCCGGCGCUGGUGUCCGAAAUUAGUGCUGAUCGCUCCUGAUUAAUAUGUCCACGGCGGCGCCGGAGGCAAGGAAGGAUCUACCGGCAGGGUUAAAGAAUAGAGAAGAAUUCCAAGAGAAGGGAAAGGAGAGUAAACGAUAGGGCAUGACAAGGCAAGAACGAGAACAAAGAGAAGAAAGAGAAGUAAAACAGAAAGAAAAAAAAACCAAAACCAGAUAACUGGGAAACUUGAGAAGGCUACGGAAGGAAGAGAAGGCAAGAAAUAGAGAAGAAGAAGGAAAGACAAAAGAGACAAAGAAAUUCGACCACGGUAGGAAAAAACAGCAGAGGAGAUGGCCAUGACAGAGCGGAGGCACAGGCACUGUCGCGGAGCGUGUGAGGCGGCGAAGCAGCGCAUGGUGUCGCUGCAGGUUCAGGAACGGCUCCGUGUGGGCGGCUCCGCCCCGGUGCGGCGGAGAGCCCGGCUGUGAGCGCGGGGGGGCGGCGCGGGCCGGGCAGCAGAGCCGGAGCGUCCGGGCGGCGGCGGGGAGCCGUGCGGGGACCGGGCCGGGGCCGGCAGCCACAGAGGCGGCGGCGGCAGGAAGGAUGGGCGAGCGUUGUUGCGCGGCGGUGCUGCGGGUGCUGGUGCUGCAGGCGGCCUGGGCGCUGGCGGGCGGGCAGGUGCGCUACUCGGUGCCGGAGGAAGCCAAGGCCGGCACGGUGGUGGGCCGUCUGGCGCAGGACCUGGGCCUGGAGGCGGGCGAGGCGGAGGCGCGGCGGCUGCGGCUGGUGGCGCAGGGCCGGCGGGCGAGCGUGGAGGUGAGCGGGGCGAGCGGCGCGCUGCUGGUGAGCUCGCGGCUCGACCGGGAGGAGCUGUGCGGCAAGAGCGCGCCGUGCGCGCUGCGCCUGGAGGUGCUGCUGGAGCGGCCGCUGCGCGUCUUCCAUGUGCAGCUGGAGGUCACCGACAUCAACGACAAUGCCCCCGUCUUCCCCGCCGCCCGGAAAAACCUCAGCAUCGCGGAACUGUCUGCGCUGGGGUCUCGUUUCCCGCUGGAGGGCGCGUCGGAUGCGGAUAUCGGAGCGAACGCGCAGCUCACAUACACACUCAGUCCGAGCGAGCAUUUCUCUCUGGAUUUACAAAAAUCGAAUGAGCGAAAUCUUGUACCCGAGCUCGUUUUAAUGAAAUCUCUGGACCGCGAGACGGUUCCCGUGCACCGGUUGGUGCUGACGGCAACAGACGGGGGCCGGCCGUCUCUGACGGGGACAAUGGAGCUGGUGAUCUCGGUGCUGGACGCGAACGACAACGCGCCCCAGUUCAACCAGUCUGUGUAUAAAGUGCAGCUGGCAGAGAGCGCUUCAGUGGGGACGCUGGUGACGCGGGUGAAUGCCACGGAUCCUGAUUUGGGAACUAAUAGUCAAGUGACCUAUGCUGCGAGCAGCUUCAUUCCCCCGAGUGGAAGAGAUGUGAUUUCAGUCAAUCCGAAUACCGGGGAAAUUCACCUCACGGAAGCCUUGGACUUCGAAGAAGUCAGUAUAUUUGAUUUUCGUAUUGAAGCGACAGAUAAAGGGACACCCCCGCUGUCGGGCCACUGCAGUGUGGAGCUGGAGGUGUUGGACGUGAACGACAACGCGCCGGAGGUGUGGGUGACGUCGCUGUCGGUGCCGGUGCCGGAGGACGCGUCGGUGGGGACGGUGGUGGCCCUGCUGAGCGUGUCGGACCGGGACUCGGGGGAGAACGGUCGCGUGCGGUGCUGGGUGUGGCCGGCGUCGCCGUUCGGUCUGGAGGCGACAUUCGCGGGCUCGUACUCGCUGGUGCUGCGCGAGGCGCUGGACCGGGAGCGGGUGUCGGAGUACGAGGUGGAGGUGCGUGCGGAGGACGGCGGGGCGCCGGCGCUGCGCGCCAGCCGCGGGCUGCGGGUGCCGGUGUCGGACGUGAACGACAACGCGCCCGCGUUCGCGCAGGCCGUGUACACGGUGCUGGCGCGCGAGAACAACGCGGCGGGCGCGGAGCUGGCGCGGCUGUGGGCGCGGGACCCGGACGAGGCGGGCAACGGGCGCGUCAGCUACUCGCUGUGGGACGGCGGCGUGGGCGUGGGCGGCGGAGGCGCCGCGGGCUCCUCGCCGGGCGGCGGGUGGCGUCCGGCGUCGAGCUACGUGUCGGUGGACGCGGAGAGCGGGCGCCUGUGGGCGCUGCAGCCCUUGGACUACGAGGAGCUGCAGGUGCUGCAGUUCGAGGUGCGCGCGGUGGACGCGGGGGAGCCGCCGCUGAGCGGCAACGCCACGGUGCAGCUCUUCGUGCUGGACGAGAACGACAACGCGCCGGCGCUGCUGCCGCCCGCGGGCUCGGCACCGGAGGCGGGCGCCGUGGCGGCACCGGAGGCGGCGGCGAUGGCGCUGGCGGGCGAGGGUUCGGUGUCGGGCACGCUGUGGGCGUGGGCGACGUGGGGGGCGCCGGCGGGGCAGGUGGUGGCGAAGAUCCGCGCCGUGGACGCCGACUCGGGCUACAACGCGUGGCUGCGCUACGAGCUGUGGGAGCCGCGGGGCAAGGGCCCGUUCCGCGUGGGGCUCUACAGCGGCGAGGUGAGCACGGCGCGGGCGCUGGACGAGGCGGACGGGCCUCGCCAGAGGCUGCUGAUCGUCGUGCGCGACCACGGCGAGCCGGCGCGCUCGGCCACGGCCACGCUCAGCGUGUCGCUGCUCGAGGCCGCCGAGGCGGCGCUGGCCGCGGGAUCCUCAUCGUCGUCGUCGCUGUCGCGCUCGGCGGCGGCCGCCGAGCUCGGGCCCGGCGCGGCCAGCGCGGCCACCAACGUGUGGCUGGUGGUGGCCAUCUGCGCCGUGUCCAGCCUCUUCCUGCUGGCCGUGGUGCUGUACGGGGCGUCGCGCUGGGCGCCGCGGGCGGCCGUGCUCUCGGGGCCCGGGCCCACCACGCUCGUGUGCGCCAGCGAAGUGGGCAGCUGGUCCUACUCGCAGCGCCACAGCCGGAGCCUGUGCGUGACGGACGGCGCUGCCAAGAGCGACCUCAUGGUUUUCAGCCCCAACUUCCCUCCGCCGCCGCCCGCUCCUGCAGCCAAGGACACGCAGCCGGAACCCUCCGCUCUCCUCGACACGGUCAGUGUCAAUACCUUGCUCGUCUUUUAUCCAUAUCCUACCUUCUGUCCCUCCAGGUGUGCAGGCUCUGCGGGAAUCCAGGCUCCUUUCCCAUGGCCUGAGAACGUUGAGUGCUUGACGAGUGCUUAAGGGUAUCAAAGGCACCUUGGCAUCUGCCUUCCUUAGGGGAAUAUAGAAUUUUUGCCGCAGCCUGGAGCAGUUAUGGUCAGCAGCUACUGUUUGGUGCUCUGUGUGUAAACUGUUCUGUCCUAGAAUGAAAUCACUGCUGAUUUUGAUGCGAGGUACCCCACGGUGGCAGCUUUGGAAACAGUCUUGCCUGGUUGUCUUUAGCAUUUCCAUCCGAGCUUGCUGAAGGAUCCAAAGAUAUAUGGGUUGAGAUAUUUGCAGUCCCCUGGCACUGUCUGUUUUCUUAUUUCCUUUGGUAUCCGCUGGCUGUGCUGAUAUUAGUCUGGUUUCUCAGGGAAAACAGUUCUCCUCCAAUUCUGCUCACGAGAUUGUCUGAUGAAAAGUGACAAUUGUAUUUUCAUAGACAGUAGUUCUCCAUUUUCUUUCUACCAAUAGGCUCAUUAUGAAAGUAGGGAAGAUGUGAUUAACAUUUCCAUGUUUCCAUGAUUUUUUUCCACUUAUUAUGAUGCUUCCAUUAAUAGCAUAAAGUGUAGGGCCAAAGGAGUAUGGCCCAAGAAAAGUGUAACGAGGAAGAAGUUUUUUUCUUUUCCUGCUGCCCCUGAUCCCGAGGUUUUGUGAUCCUGGCCUGAGAAAUAGCAUGAAAUACACUGGCCUGUUUUGAUGUUCUUUCAAAAUUUGCAUCAAUGGUGACAUCAUUUCAAAAGCCCUGGAAAUCCGUUCUAAAAUGAAGAAUAAAAGUAACAAGCCCAAAAAUCAAAGAACCACCAUUCCCCCCAACAAGUCUCAAAUAACACUCUCCUACACAGUAACUAUCAGGUUUUACACUGUUGUUCUUGCCAACAUUUGGGGUUUUUUCUCAGAGCAUGACAUCAAUGACAUCACCAUGUACAGUUGCCCCAAUAUCACCUUUAGAAAGAGUUUUGCUCCCAGGUCUGCCACGUUUCCAUCUGAGAUGACUGAAGCAUUACAAAAUACCAAAUAUCAGCAUCAGAGGUUCUGCUGUAAGCUGCACUGAUGGUGCCAUCCCUGAGUUUAUUGUGUUGCUGUCAUUGCUGAGAAGGAUAAGCAAAAUCCGUGUUGAGCCUUGAGCUAGGAAGGGCAGCUGUGGUCUGUGACAACUGAGUAGGGCCUGGUCAUUUCCUUACGUGGAGGGUGACCUUGAGAAGUGGGGAAAGAUGGUUUUGUGGAGGCAGUAAAUCCAUGGUAAGGCCACAGGUCAUGACAUAAGAACAUGAGAUUGUAUGUUUGUCAUGAGAACACUUCUCAGAGUGUCGAGCGGAGGAUGCCCAAAAGGAAAGUGCGGGGCAGGAUGGAACAGAAUGCUUCUGCCAAGGACCAUUUUCCAGGCCCUAAGGGUCUGGAGUGGGACACCUUCCUGACCAGGAGACAUUGUGUGAUCCUGAAAUGCUCACAAAUAAAUCUUCCUUUGAGGUUCUCAGUAUCUUUUACCAGAGGCAGGCCCCUGGCAUAGGCCAUGCGUUGGUAAGAGCUGGUGAGUGCUCAAGGUUGUCUGAUGAGCUGCUUGUUUCAGAAAUGCUGUUAUGGAAGGGGAACGCUUCAGGCUGCUGUCCUGGUGUAGUGGUGGGCAUUCUCAGUUGUUAUCACAGCCAUUGGUGGUGCCAUGAUGGUUCCUUGCUCCUCCACAGGUGGGAUUUAUAAGGACACAUGAUGAGGGUGUAAUCUUUGGGUGCCCAACUUCCUCUACUUGUGCACUGCACUGGUGGCCUCAGGAGAGAUGAUUUGUCCUGAUGUCACACGGGGCUCCUUCUGGUAUCUGCAGGUACAAACCUGCACUGCAGCCCAGCUCUGGUUUCAUGUGCUACAAAUUCUCCCACUCAACUGGCCUUGGGAAUGCUUUUGUGCUUUGGUAUUUGCUGUGGUUCUCUUGAUGAUAUAAAGAUGUGUGGACUGGGAUCAGAGCUGUCUCACUUCUCAUCACAGAAUCUUUGUGGACUCUAAAUGAAGCUGUGUGGUGUUUCCACCUGAGAUUGCUGAAAAGGAGCAAAGCACUGGCAGUGAACAGGCAGCAGGGGAGAGCCUGCCAGCUGCUGUGUGGCUUUGCAGCCCUCAGUAUGUUCUCUAUGCCAGUCAUGAGGGAAGGUGAGGAUGUACAAAGAAUUGAAUCACAUGCAGAGCAGAGUUUACAGCUGGGUCAUAUUGCUGGGUUCUAGCAAUGUUUGGUAUUUUGGCAGUGAUCCUGCAUGUGGCACUAAAUAGGGCCUGGACCCAUGAGGUGGGGAGGGUGAGUUUGAGUGGGGAAGAGUGUUGCCUAAGGAAAAUGUGGAUGCUAGGUAGAACACAAUCAAUUGGAGAGGAGUUAAGGAGAUAUCCUUUCACAUGGCAUAAGAUAAAGAAUGUAAGUAGCAAACUUCAAGAAAAAGUCCAUGAGCUGCUCCCCUGGGAUCCUGCCAGGAACUCCAGUAGUUGUGCAUAUUCUUGUGCUCUUUUGUUCCCUGUGACAUUGCUUCUUGUGACAUUACUGCCAGACAUGCCUAACAAUGCUUGUAAUCUGUGUGGUAUGUUGUUGGUCAAACAGAAAGUUUUUCAAAUUUGUAUCAUGCCAGCCUUCUUGGAACAUUGCCUGGGCUAUUUCUCUGGUCUUGGUCUUGCUAGGGACAGGAAAUUGCAGGUAACAUCAAGGGAUGCAGUCCCUUAAAACCAACCCUCCUGGUCCUGGCGUUUCUUUUCCUGGAAAAGCAACCAGCAUUGCUACAGGUGAGUUGCUUGUACCUGAAGAAGCUGUGUGUGAGAGGCAAAUGUACUUUAGUUCCUGUUCUGCUGUGGUAUCUUCGUAUUGGAUCAAAGGAAUGUUGCCUGGAUUGAAAUGCCUGUGGGUUUGGAGCACCACUGCCUGCUCUCAUUCCUUUCCUGUUGCUGCCUGGCACAGGGUGAGCCCGUGGAAGCAAGGACAGAUGGAGAAAGUGACAUUAAUGCAUUUUUUGGGAUAGAUGUGGUUGGGCAUGCAGCAGAUAUUCUCAGUGGCAAUGCCGUGGUGUUACAUUUGUGGCUUUGGGUUGGGUUGGCAGGUGGAA